AUACUCGAACGCCGGAGUCCCCGAGAGAGCCAUCCGAAAUUGUGUCAAGAUAACGCUUAUCGCGGUGCUUGGCGGCAGCAUUACUCGUAGCUAUGUCUCUCGUGAAACAUGAAUUCACUGUUGAGAUGACCUGUGAAGGUUGCUCAGGUGCAGCUAAGAGGGUCCUAGGAAAACUUGGAGAUAAAGUCUCCAAUGUUGACAUUAACCUUGAAACCAAGAAGGUUAUUGUGACCAGCACUCUCUCCUCAGAUGAGCUUCUUGAAACCUUAAAAAAGACUGGAAAAGAUGUCACAUAUCUUGGAGGGAAAGCUGCCUAACUUGCAACAUGUGACAGAUUGUCAGUUUCUAGCUGUGGCAGCUGAUGGUGAUUAGAACAUUAUAUAUACUAUAUAAUGAAUAUGUUAUUUUGUGGUAUUUUUCCAAAGAACUAUUGGGCAUUGUAUAAGGUUUUUGAGUUCUGAAAAACUUAGAUUAGAUAGAAAUAGAGAUCAAAUUUUGCUAACAUUAUGUUCAAAGUUUUUAAGACCAAAGGAUGUUGAACUUACUGUAUGCUUCUGUAUUUUCAACAUGUCUGUUUGUGUGGGGCAGUCUUAAAUUUAGGGCAGCAUUUUUUUGACAGCUAUUGGAUUUAAGAUAAUAUAAUAAAGAUGAAAGGUGUGAAAUUAAUUAUUCAGAGUUUCUGGGGGGGGGGGGAUCAAGCUUACAUAUUGUGAUCCAUUAAGUCAGUGGAAUAUCAUUGUGUAACUGAAAGGUUGUAAUAUGUUUAAAUACUGUAAGAAGCUCAUGGGCUUUCAGGAUAAGCGUAAUGCUGUUUGAUGGUACACUGUUAUUUCUCUUAAGAAUCACAGUUUAUCAGUGUCUUAUAUACCUGCCAUGACAAUAAUUAGCAUAAAGAUGAGAGAAGGAAAAGAUCUGUCUCUUUGUAAGAGAUGAGAGAUAAGAAACUUGCAUGCUUAUAUAUAUGUGCACAUAUAAAAAAAACACAAAAAAAACAUAAGUGCUUAUAGGCUUCCGAUUCAUAAUUCCAGCUGCCUUAAGUUUGUAUUUUUUCAAGGAAGUACUUUCUAGGGAUUCCAGAUAUUUGUGGUUUAAUGGCUUUGAGCCAUUUGUCAUGUGAUUCACCAUUGGUUAUUUAUGCUGAACCUUUAAAAAAAAAUGUGCUUUGUGUAAGUUUUGUUUCUUUUGUGGGGUGAGAACAAAAUAAAGUGACUUAGAAUAUAA